UUGGCAUUCAAGGGGAAGCCAGCCAAGAGGGGGACGGCGGGCGGGAGGAGGAGGAGGAGUCUCAAUGAGGGCGCUUUAAAACUUCGGAGGCGGGAAGAGGCUCCUGGCGGUGUGAUGCAGUUGGGCGAGCCUCCGAUGCUGCCGGGAGCCCCGUUCUUCCCUUUGGAGGGCGCGGGGAGGAGGCACCUCAGCGCCCCUCCUUCCCCGCGGCUGGACUUGGAGAAAGGCUCGAGCAAAAAGUUUAACGCCGCGUCGGGGAUGUUGGGAGACGCGGCGGCGGAGGAAGCGGAGGUGUCCCAUUUCACUACCAAAGACUCCGGUCGGAAAGCUUCUCCUUGCCCAGCCGAGGAGGAAACCCUCCCUCCCCCUCCUCCGCCGCCGCCUCCUCCUCCUGCUCCUUCCCGCUACUCUUUGGACGGCUUAAGUCCGGAGAGGUACUACUUGCAGUCUCCGGGGCCUCCUGGAGGCGCGGAGCUGGGCGGCCCGUGCGCCCUUUUCCCAUAUUCUGCGGGAAGCGGGCAAUCCGGAGCCAUGUAUCCCUCCGGAGGAGGAGCAGGAGGAGGCGGCGGAGUGGGCAACGGAGGGGCGCGCUAUCCCUACGGCUCCGUCCUCUCGGCUCCGUCCAGCUUCGCCAGCAGGACCCCCUUCGCCGGCGCCUACCAGUACGGCCAAGGCGCCCCUCCCGGCUCCCUCUACGGGCCUUACCCGGCCUCGGCGGGCGCCUCCUGCGGCGGGCUGGGCGCCCUGGCUGUCGCCGGAGGGAUGCGCGCCCAGGUCUUCCUCUGCAACCGGCCGCUCUGGCUCAAGUUCCACCGGCAUCAGACCGAGAUGAUCAUCACCAAGCAGGGCAGGCGGAUGUUUCCCUUCCUGAGCUUCAACAUCACAGGCCUCAACCCCACUGCCCACUACAAUGUCUUUGUGGAGGUGAUACUGGCAGACCCCAACCACUGGCGCUUCCAAGGGGGAAAGUGGGUGACCUGUGGCAAGGCCGACAACAACAUGCAAGGCAACAAGGUUUAUGUUCAUCCCGAAUCUCCCAACACAGGAGCUCAUUGGAUGAGGCAAGAAAUCUCUUUUGGAAAACUGAAACUGACCAAUAAUAAAGGAGCCAAUAACAAUAACACACAGAUGAUUGUUCUUCAGUCUCUGCACAAAUAUCAGCCUCGACUUCACAUUGUGGAAGUGACAGAAGAUGGCGUCGAAGAUAUGAAUGAUUCCUCUAAGACGCAGACCUUUAACUUCCCUGAAACACAGUUCAUAGCUGUCACUGCAUAUCAGAACACAGAUAUCACACAACUUAAAAUUGAUCACAAUCCUUUUGCAAAAGGCUUCCGGGACAACUAUGAUUCCAUGUACACAGCUUCAGAAAAUGACAGAUUAACUCCAUCUCCCACGGAUUCUCCUAGAUCCCACCAGAUCGUCCCAGGAGCCCGGUACAGCGUUCAGCCCUUCUUCCAGGAACAAUUUGUCAACAAUCUGCCACCUGCUAGAUUCUAUAAUGGGGAAAGGACUGUCCCUCAAACCAACGGCCUGCUGUCCCCUCAGCAGAAUGAAGAGGUGACCAAUCCCCCCCAAAGAUGGUUUGUCACUCCAGUCCAGCAAGCUGGAGCCAACAAACUGGACAUGAACUCCUACGAAACUGACUAUUCCUCUAGUACCUUACUUCCCUAUGGUAUCAAAUCCCUUCCCCUCCAGACUUCCCAUGCCUUGGGAUAUUAUCCUGACCCAACAUUCUCCCCUAUGGCAGGAUGGGGGAGCAGAGGUUCCUAUCAGAGGAAAAUGUCUGCUGGCUUACCUUGGACCUCAAGAACCAGCCCGCCUGGUUUCUCUGAAGACCUGCUUCCCAAGGAGAAGGUGAAGGAAGAAAUUGGGUCAUCCUGGAUAGAGACCCCGCCAUCCAUCAAGUCUCUAGAUUCCAAUGAUUCUGGGGUCUACACUGGGGCUUGCAAAAGGCGAAGGCUUUCCCCCAGCACAUCCAGCAAUGAAAACUCUCCCACGAUGAAGUGUGAGGACAUUAAUGCAGAGGACUAUGGAAAAGACACCGCAAAAGGCAUGGGGUACUAUGCUUUUUAUACCAGUUCUUAAAAGGGACUUAGAGGCCAGAUCUUGGGUUAAAACCUGUUUUAUAUUAUAUAUUGUCAUUCUUCCUCAGUGGUGGUGUAGAGAUGUGUGGCAUCAAUGCUCCUUCCACCUUCUGAGACGUUCUUGUGCAAUUCUAGAGAGAAGGUGCCAAAGCUUUUGACUGAUUUUUACAGGGAAAAGGAACAAGCAGGAUAGCACUAUGGAUCUGUCUCCCAACUCCUUGAUGAAAACUUGAAGGAAAAGGUCUAAAAGCUAUCUUGCUAUUCAAUGAGGCUUUCUUAGUGGACAGGCACACAGUUCAGCCUGUAGCAAAGUCUUAUGAACUUUCCCUGAGUUAAGGAGAAAGCAGGCUUGAAAAAAAAUUGAUUUGUUGUAGCAGUAAAUAUUCAGAACUGAUAUUUUAACUAUAGAAAAAUUCUUCUGAAUUCACAAGAACAACAAUUUUUUUAGGGAUUAAAAAUUCCUUUGUCUUGGCCAACUAGACGUUAAAUGCGUUGGCAGAGAGAGAAACCUGUGAAGGUAAGGCAAACAAAAUACAAUGUUACAUGUACAGCUCUGUGUCUAGGUAUAUCGUAGACUAUGACCAAAAAAUAAUUAUUAUAGUUCUAGUAAUGGCAGUGAAUCUGGGUAUGUGAAGAUGGUGUGUAUUAUUGGGAGUUUCUCCUUUAAACAACCGUUUGAUCAGACAAUGGGCACUGUUGCCCCUGUGCACAUUAAAUUAUCUAUUUAUUGGUAGGUGGUGAAUGUAUGUUUCAGCUCUUCUAAAUGGAAAGUGUGUUGUGACUCCUGUUGCUCAGUUUGUAAAUAAUUUUAUGAGAUGCUGUUGAAGUGGCAAAAGACUUUUAAAAACAAAGCAUUAGUUUUAUUUGGGGAGGACCUUUGCCUGUAUAUAUAUGGUUUUUAAUAAACGUGUUGCAACGGUA